CUAUUGCGAAUGCGGAAAUAACAAAACAUCGGUUAGGCAGGCGUCCAUGGUCCGCAUCUGAAGUGUAAUUCAGAAACAGAAACACAUGAAGAAAUGGGUGCUGUGUUAGAUACACCAUCGGUGUGUCCUCUAUGUAAAGAGCUGGUCGGGGACCCGAUUAUUUUGAAAUGUAAGCAUCGUUAUUGCCGACGCUGUAUUGGGGAUCUGUGGAGCAUUACGCCGUCCGGACCAUACAAGUGUCCUGAGUGGAAAUGUAAGACUGUUUACAACACACUGCCCUUUGGGACGAGGAGCGCCACGGAGCCGGGUUCCUCGGGUCAAGCCCCCCCCCAAGGAACAUCAAGCAACCCUAAAUGGGAAAGGCCUCCUUUCACCAACGUCUACCUGGGGAAGCGAAAAGCCAGCGCUCCAGUGGACGACCGGCCCGACCCAAAACGGCCAGCCGUGGCCCGUCCCCACCCCGUGGCGCCUUCCAAUGAGCCGCCAGAGGCCCCGACAACCACCCCUCCGCCUGUCCCGUUUGCCCGCGACGAAUCACCGCCGUCCCCUGAUGACGACCACAGGUCAUCGGACCACAGCGAGGAGCCGGUUGAAGAGGCCUCAGAGGCUCCCGCCCGGCACACCAAGCCGGACACGGAACCAGAAGAAGUGCUCACGAUGGACGACUCCAGUAGAUCCAGCAGCGAAGAGGACGCCUUCGUCCCCGCUCUGGCGGCUCCGCCCCCUGACCUCGGAGGGACGGCACGCGUCAGCUGGAUCUCGCCGUUGUUCGCCCACCGCCCCAAACUCACCGCCACCCGGAGGCUCUCCCCUGGGCCUUCGUCCCCCCGCCGCUCCCCCAUGGCCCCGCGUCCGACCAUCAGCCCGCCCCCCGUCCCUUCAUAUCCCCAACGCUCCCCCAUGGCCCCGCGUCCGACCGCCAGCCCGACCCCCCCCGUCCCCUGCCACUACUGCGCCGGUGGGGCCCAGCAGCCGGCCGUGAAGACCUGCCUGGUGUGCGGCGCCUCCAUGUGCGCCGAGCACCUGCGGCCCCACCUGGACUCGCCGGUGUUCCGGAGCCACACGCUGGUGCCGCCCCUGGAGGACCUGUCGGCGUGGCGCUGCCCCGAGCACCAGGAGAUGAGCCGCAUCUACUGCCGGCAGUGCGCCGUGUGCGUGUGCACCGUGUGCACCGUCAUCGGCUCCCACCGGGACCACGCCUGCGUCAGCAUCCGCGAGGCCGAGCGGGAGCUCAGGGGCAACCUGAAGGCGGAGAUCCAACAGCUGCAGGAGUCUGAGAACACACUGAUCCAACGACUGGCCGGACUCAGGGAGAAGAAACUGGAUUUCGAGGGGGUGCUGGAGGAGGCUCGCUCGGCGGUGCAGCAGCAGUACGCUGCCAUGAGGGAGGCCCUGGAGCAGGAGGAGCAGUCGGCCCUGCAGUGCGUGGUCCAGGAAGAGGCCAGGUCCGUCGGGGGCCUGGAGGGCCACCUCAGCAGGCUCCAAGGCUCCCUGACGUGUGUCCAGAAGGGCCUGCACACCCUGGAGGGCCUGGCCGAUGCCAAGGGGGAGCAGCGGGUCCAGGAGCAGGCCUUCAUCAUGGAGUACAGCAAGAUCACCCAAAUGUUCAGUGAGGCUGGUCCCGGUGUCGUGGACCUGGACCCCCAGGAGGAGGAGGAGGUGGACCGCGCCCGGCUGCACUGCCUGAAGAGCUGGACGGAGAAGAGGCUGAACACCCUGGUUAUCUCCCUGCCCGAGAGAGACCCUUUACGACUGCUCUAUGGGACCGUUCCCUCCCUGGACGCAGACACGGCCCACCCCAAGCUGCUGCUGUCCCCCGACUACAGACAGGUGUCCUAUGGUGAAGUUCAGCAGGCCUAUUCAGAGCAGGGGGCUCGAUUUAGCUCCUUCCCCCAAGUCCUGGCCUCCGAAGCCAUGGAUCAGGGCCGCUGGUACUGGGAGGUGGAGGUGUCUUCGGAAGACGCCGGCCAGUGGAAGGUGGGGGUGUCUGAGGCCCAGAUCGGGAGAAAAGGCCAGAAGGGAAACUGUCGUCUGGGCCUCAAUCCCUUCUCCUGGUGCCUGGGAGCGGAGCGGGGCAAGGUGGAGGCCAUGCACGACAGAGCGUCUGCCUCGGUGGCAGUGGGGCGGCUGCAGAGAAUAGGAGUGUUCCUGGACUGUGACGAGGGCGUGUUGUCGUUCUUCAAUGUGACACCAGGGGGCGCCCUAGCCUUACUUCACACGUACAAGCAGGAGUUUGCUGAGCCGCUGUACCCGGCUUUUUCUGUCUGUAAAGCACAGCUGACCAUCUGUGAUCUGUUCAAAAUGUCAGACCCCGAGUGAGGGAGGGGGAACGACAUCCGUGUGGCUCUUUGAGAAAAGGGCAUCGUGAUGCUUUCUUUUAUGUGUUUUUCAAUUUGUAUCUGUAUGAAUAGGCCUAUGUAUGCUUCUUUGACAUUUUGUUCAAAAAUUUGUCAAAUUCUGUGUGCAAGCAUUUAAUUCAUACAAAUAAGUUGUUACACAGCAGCAUUUUACUACAUUCCAAAAGAAAUGUAUUUGUAUUUGUAAUGUGCGGUGUCUUCCAUAACACAUUUCACGUAUAGUAUCAAGCUUUUAAAAUCAUUGUGGAAAUCAAUAUAUUUCUGUUUCAAAUAACUUUAAAUAAUUUCCCUAAAA